UAGUUUUACGGAGAAAUUUCGCGGGGAAUACAGGGGUGUUAAUGGUUAAGGCAGGGUGUUAUGGUGGAUUCUAGGGAAGAUAAUGGUGAUGUAGAUCCUUUCUUUCCAGUUCAUCAGGAAUCAGAAAAGAGACAUCUCUCAAUAGAGAAGUUGGAAGUGACUAAUGCAGCUCUUAAGAAAAACAUAUCCUGUCUUUACAAAACUGCCAAAUUAGAGUUACAGAGACGAGACAAGAAAAUCUCACAAUUACAGGAACAAAUUCGUGACCUUGAGCUCAUGGUGGCUAGCCAACAGAAGCAGAAUUUGCUAUUAAGAGGAUGUCAUUUCUUAGCAAGUCCUUUCCCUGAACAUUAUUAUUAUUAUCAUCAACAACAGCAAUUGUGCUCUGGUAGUAUGCCUGUUUCAAGGCAGUCUGGUUCAACAGAAUCCAAAAGAAGUAGAUCAAGAUCUCCACAUAGGAAAUCAUCAACUAAAGAGCAUAGGACUAAAUCACAUCACAGCAAUAGAGACUAGCAGCCGAAUUAUCAAAACUGUCUUAACUCAUGAUUAUUUUUUUACUUUUUAAUUCUACAUCUAACAACUUCCAUGCACUGCAAUAAUAAUUAUUUUUAGUAGUAACUAUGGUAACAAAAUUUUUAUUGUUGAAUGCUAUGAAAAUGAAGGAUUAUGUUGUUUUACUUGUUGCCGUCAUUAUCGUCCUGUGCAGCUGUGGUGCUUUUACUAACAGAAAUACUGUUAUCCAGAUCACAGAUUCAGGCAAUGAUCCAGUUCAUCUUUACUCAACAGCUUUAAUUCUCAGGAUGACAUUGACCAAUACAGAUGAGGUGAGUCAUCAAGUAUUCAUCAGUCCUGGUUCCUGUUGCCUUCAAAUAGCCACUGAUGACAUUGAUUGCCAAAUCAUGACGCUAGAAGGAGUCCCUCCCGUUUUUGUGCAGCUAGGAAAAGUUCGAGAAAACAAUACAGAAACAGUUUCAUUUGCAUACAGAAAUCUGUAUGCGCGCUACAGGGUCGGCAACUGUUCCUUCGUUAUAAGGACUAAUGGAAAGCCAGACUGGGCCCACACUGUCAAUUUCAAUUCAACUCCUGAUGAUGAAGAUAAAAAUGUGAAGUGCUCUGGAUUAGACCAAGAUCGUGACAGAGAUUGUACACCAGUUGACUGUGCCAUUAAGUACAAGGGAAGGAGGAGUUUCUAUCGGAAGCAGACGGGCAAGUGUGAGCCAGUGGCUCCAUGUCACACUAGAGCAGAUGACGGCAUCACCAUAACUGGAUACUACGACUGGGAAGAGAAUAUAUGUGUGAAAUACAAGUGGUUCCAAGAUGAUAAUUAUUUUGAACACGUUGAAAGCGACACUGAGAUACCCUCCAAAAUUGAUGCCAUAAAAUCAAAUUACAAAUACUAUGCGCCUCAUCUGAAGGACCAACAAGAUACUGAUUCUAUUGACUGUAAUCACGGAGUGUUGGAUGAUCUACAGUGCAGAUGUGAUGAGGGUUGGGUAUCAAGUGGAAUUCAUAGAGACGAUCCCAUCACAUUCCACUGGUGUGAUACUCCUGAUCUCUCAACAAAUAAAUCAUAUCUAACAAGCACAAUGGAAUACAUGCCCAUUGUGUCUGAUGAGCCAUUGAAGCUAAGCACAAUUCAAGAGAUAUCUCUCAUAGUUACCCUUGCUCUAGUGAAUCUUGUCCUCUUAUUUACAUGGAUAUAUUUACUUGUCAAGAUAAUUAGAUCUGUGAUGUCUUAUGUAGCCAGAAAAAGAAAGAAUUAGUUUUAAAUUGAAUAAUAAGUAAAAUAAUAACAAUGAAUAAUAAUAAUAAUAAUAAUAAUAAUGAUAAUAAUAACAUGAUCGUUAUAAACUUUUUAAUCAGUAAUAAUCAUUGUUGCAUUAUAA